AUGGAUCUGUGCCAUGACUGUCACGAUUUUGCCCGGGCCAUUUCUCAGAGACUCAGGUCAUGGCCUGGGCUGGAUUCUUUCUCGAAUGUCGACAGGCUGCGGGCGGAAUCGCAGAACUGCCGACUGUGUAAAAUGAUAUAUGAUUACACAUUCGCCGAUGCCCAGAAAGCAGUACCAUAUCAGUGUUCAGAACUCUUCUACAGGCCAUGCUAUGAUAAUCCAUUUAGCAUCCCAAUUACUUCCGUGGAACUUUCCAUCCAUAAACAGAGUAGCAUCAAAAUAGCCGUAUGGAGCGAUGAAGGCUCAGCGGCUGCCCUCUCUGGAAAGUUUUGCACAGAGCCGCCUCUACCAAGCGACAACUGUCCGGAGGCGUUCGCUUUCAUCAGAUCUUGGAUUCAGAAAUGCUCUCAAGAGCAUGAUUUAUGUAAAGGCACAUUCUCUAAGUCCUGUCUAGAUGAGGUUGCGGGUCCAAAACUUCCUACCCGAAUAUUGGACGUUGGGCCCCUAAAUCAUGAGUCGGUUUCUCUCUUUGAAACCAACGGCCAGCGAGGGGAAUUCUGCGCGCUCAACUACUGUUGGGGCCCAGAAGGUACACAAACUCUAAUGACGACGAGGGAUUCCAUCAAAGAUCAUCGGAAAGGCAUUCAAUUCAGCAGUCUGCCAAAGACCUUUCAAGAUGCCGUCAUUAUUACACGUGAGCUUGAUAUUCGUUAUCUCUGGAUCGACAGCCUUUGCAUCAUACAAGGAGACGAGAGCGACUGGAAGAGAGAGUCUGACACAAUGGCAGAAAUUUACCAGAACGCAUUCCUGGUGAUAGCGGCUUCAGGAGCUGCAAACCCAAAAGAAGGCUGCUUUUCGACCGAAUCCAGAUGCCAAACUGCUGUAGAAGUUCCAUAUUAUUCAGCGGAAGGGCAGGCGGCUGGCUCUAUAAAGCUUUCGAUGCGUAUCCGUGGCGAAGAAUCACCAUAUUGGGGGCCACUGUCUGAAAGAGGAUGGGCUUUCCAGGAGUGGAUUCUGGCACGGAGAGUUUUGCAUUACAUGCCGCAGGGCAUAACAUGGAAAUGCAAGAUGUUCGAGUCUGGUGAAAGAGAUGACUAUGAUAUGGGACAGUACUGUGAUUCAUGGGAGGAUAUGCUGGACUAA